ACUUAUCGUAAUAACUUGCAAAAAGAUAAUGGUAAUGAUAAGGAUUGCACUCUAAAAUCUAAUAAGAAACGGUGUUUAGAUGAAGAUGAAAUGCAUUACAUAAAUUCCAUCGAUAUAAUUACACAAACUAAAAAAACUGAG